CGUAGCAAGUGUAACUCGAAACUCGAUGUAAAGUGCAACCAUUUUGUUAUAAAAAUCGUAAAUAAUAUAUUGAACAGGAUGACGUGCGGGUCAGAAUGCCUGUCAUUGGGCCCCCCGCCGGAUUCGAUCCUGCACAUGCCACCGCCGCCCUUGCCAGCAUUCUUGGCUAACGCAGCCAACUUGACACCGCCCUGCCGCGCCUCCAAGUGUCCCCCUCUACAGAACAACGAGGACAACUCACUAUUCCCAGGAGUUGAAUACCACGAGUUACCGAGGCAUGAGCCUGCCGGCGGUGAUGACACUUGGUUCCUGGUGGUGAUCACAUGUUGCAUCGCAGUACUGUGUAUAGCCGCACUGCUUGCACUUUUCUUGCUAAAAUGCAGAGAGUAUUUCCUUCAUAAUAGGGCUAGAGGAGGCUGCAAAGGUAGCUCGGGGAAAGCCAGCGGCUCCAACGCUCUCUAUGGGGGUGCUGCUCUCGACUCCAGGGUUUUAUGGGCUGCUCUGACUCCACGAGGUACCCGUCACUUCAUCGCAGACACGUACCCUCACGACGAAACCGAAGAUCACCACUACGAAUGCGUAGAACCACCUCUAUACAAGCUGGGCCCGCCAGACGACUUGGCUAUAACCCGUCACUUCAACGUGGAAUACGAAGACCCUGCUCCCUUGAUAGAAAACUACAAUGAUCGCACCGAGGAGUACUUCAGAAACGGAAUGGAAACCCUGCGGAGAGGACGACCACUGGUUUCUUCGCCAACAAGGAUUGAACGGCCAAAUCUGCCGCCUCUAAACCUCCAGCCGCGUACGCUCCGGAGGGCGCCACACUCGCGGCGAGUGAGCGAUGCCAACAAUCCAGAGAAGUCGGCCAUCUGAACCGAGAGUGGCGCGGUCUUUUCCGUCGCCGACUCAACCGAUAUCGAUUACGAUUGGACCUCUCUCGACAAUUCGAACGUCGAUCGUCUCGUUUGAUCGAGGACUGUCUCUUCGUACCUAUUUUAAACGUGUCCACAGAACGCCUGUCUUGACAUUUUAGCUCAAAUAGUAUUGUAGAUCGAACAUAUCUGUGUCAAGUUACGUCGAA